AAAUAUUUGGUUUAGAAUUAAAAAUAAAAUCAGUUUUCAUCUUAUGUUAUAUGAUCAAAAAGGGCAGAGCCCUAAUACUAAUCUCUCAAUGAAAGAAUAAAAGAAAUUUUGGAGAGCUAGUUUGUUUUGUUUUCCAAAUUUGGGGGAAAAGCAGAACAACCGCAAAGCGCGUAAAAAUUGAGCCAAUGAGAAUGCACGAUGUGUUAUAGAUGGCGAAGGUUGGUUCGCCCAGCGAACGCUUCAACGGCAUUGUUUCCCGGCUACCUUACAAAUUGAAGGGGUAGAAGAACAAGGAGAAGAAGAAGAAGAGGAAGGCUAGUGCUUUUUGAUCAGGUCUUCAUCCGAAGGAGAUCUGACGAACGGCUGAGAUGAGCGCUUCCAGGUUCAUCAAAUGCGUCACGGUCGGCGAUGGCGCUGUGGGUAAAACGUGUUUACUAAUUUCCUACACCAGCAAUACAUUUCCCACGGAUUAUGUGCCAACUGUUUUCGACAAUUUCAGUGCAAAUGUGGUUGUCAAUGGGAGCACUGUUAAUCUUGGUUUGUGGGACACUGCAGGACAGGAGGACUACAAUAGACUAAGACCUUUAAGCUAUCGUGGGGCAGAUGUUUUCAUAUUAGCAUUUUCUCUCAUUAGUAAGGCCAGCUUUGAAAACGUUUCCAAGAAGUGGAUUCCAGAGUUGAAGCACUAUGCGCCCGGUGUCCCAAUAGUACUUGUUGGAACAAAGCUUGAUCUUCGGGAUGAUAAGCAGUUCUUCAUAGACCAUCCUGGUGCAGUGCCCAUUACUACAGCUCAGGGAGAGGAGCUGAGGAAGCUAAUUGGUGCACCUGCUUAUAUUGAAUGCAGUUCAAAAACACAGCAGAAUGUGAAGGCAGUAUUUGACGCAGCCAUCAAGGUUGUGCUCCAGCCGCCCAAGCAAAAGAAAAAGAAGGGAAAGGUACAAAAGGCCUGCUCCAUAUUAUGAUCAAGAAUGGGCAUGUAUACACCAGAAAACUACCCUCAGUUCAUUCUACCCAUGUCCGCUUUCUCUCUCUUUAGAGGAAGCUGGGGGCUUUGAUUUGAUCUCAUAUCAACUGACAGUAGUAGGGAUCUCUCAAAUGUUAGGUGGCUUAAUAUUUGGUUUCUGGGUUGAUGCAAAUGGUUGAGUUAUGUUUAAUCGUUGUUGUCGCCCGCCUCGUUGUAGUCAGGUUUUGAGUAUUUGAUGUAUUAACAGACCAGAAAAGUCCUAGUUAGGAAAACAGCCAUGCCUUGCUUGAUGCAGUUACAUACAUUAUCCUCCGCCCUGUUCUUAAGACAAAGCUUGGCUUAUCUUUGUGAUGCUGUUAUUAAUCCGUUUGUAAAACUGACCAGUUUCAAUGAUGCUAAUCAAAAUCUGCAGGCUGCUCGUUUGCAUA